UGAUUGAAAAAUUACCUAAUUUUUAACUACCUAGUUAGACCUUAUUUAAUUUUAUGAAUUGCUUAUGUAAUGGGAAGAAGAAUUUAAUUCUUAAGAAAAUACUUUGUCUUUGUUCAAAGGACAUUUCAAAUGGAAGUAAACCAAGGACAGAUAUUAAACCACAAAAAAGAUAGAUUAAACUAUACAUAAUUAGAUACUUGAACUGGCUAAAGCUAAAGGUUCCAGAUUCCACCAAACCACUAUAAAACCUUACAGCUACCUGAAACUUCAGAAGAUGAGACGGUUAGGAUCGUCCCAGCCCUGUGGAACAAACAAAUUUUCGCAAAUAAAUUCACGAACAGUUAGUAUUUGAUUUGUGCUCGAAUACCGGCCUUCGCCGAGUUAAAAGUGUGACGAGUCUUUGUUUCGGAAAAGAAAAUGUCCCAAGCUGCCGAGGACUGGUCGUAUACAAUACAACCAGUAACUAAAGAUGAUGUGGAACAAAUCAUAGUACUUCUCAAAAAAACGUUUUACGUGGACGAGCCUUUGAACGAAGCUGUAGAGCUAUGGAAUGAGAACCAACCCUGUGAAGAGCUGGACGAAUACUGCGUCAGCUCGCUGCUCAAGGGAUAUUCCUUCAAAGCAGUAGACAAACAGGGCAAUAUUGUUGGAGCUUUGAUCUCCGGUGUUGGCAAUAUAAGCGAGGAUACAGUAGAAGCGGCGUUAAAAGAAGCAGAACAAUGCAAAAACCCGAAGUUCCAAAGGAUCCUCUACAUAUUGGCGAAAAGGGAAGAAGGUGCCAAACUAUGGGAGAAGUUUCCCCAAGAGAAGGAGCUGGUGGAAGUCAAAGUGGCCGCCACCGACCCCAAGUGGAGGAGGCGCGGGAUUAUGAACAAACUAGUGGCAGAGACCGAAAAACUACUAAGAGAGCGAAAAAUACGCGUCCUACGUUUGGACACAUCGAGCGCGUACUCCGCCAUGUCCGCUGAGCGAAUGGGCUUCACCUGUGUGUACAGGGCUCGUUACAGAGACCUCAAGAAGGACGACCAACCUCUAGUACUGCCCAAAGAGCCACAUGUUGAAGACUGUGUUUAUAUCAAGGAGCUUUUCGAUUAAUAGCAGCGUUGCAAUCACAUGAGUAAAGGCACAGAGGCAAAA